AUGAUCUGCCGGAAACAUAUUACUUUUUAUAAGGAUAAUUUUAUAGUCAUUUUAAAAUUGAGUAAAUUUUUGUCUCUUCAUUUAGCUGCAACUGAUGAAAUUGAUUAUUAUGAUGAUUACUCAGAGGAAUUGACAACAACAAUAAAACCAACACAACAACCAAAGAAAGUAAAACCGGUUGUGAAGAAAACAGAAAAUGAGUUUAAUCCAUUAAUGAGGAAAACAGUUCAAUAUCGAGAAAAAUCUCCAUCCGGAUCCAAUGCUGAAUAUUAUGAUGAUGAAAUUAUUGAAACAACAUGGGUUGUUAAAUUGGGUAACAAGAAUGUAACUGAUAAAGAUUUACUCAACUACAUCAAUAAAGAAACAAAUAUUGAAGAACUUUUCAAAAAUAGUCUAAAAGACAAUUCCAGCAAUAGUGAUUAUAAAUAUGACAGUGAAACACUAACAUCAUUGUUUACUGUGCCUAAGACAGUAAAAAUCAGCAGUAAAAAGAUUGAUCGAUUUUUGGAUAAGGAUACUGAUUUAGACGGUAUGCUGAAAACAUAUUUCCCAAUGGAAACAACUACAAAACGCCCAAUUGAAGUCAUAUCAAAAACAUUUUGGUUCUCAAAAGAUUUUGACAAAGAGAUAGAGAAUUUGGGUAUUUCUCAAAUCUUAAAAAAUUCAAAAGACUUCAAGAAAAUUUUAAAUGAUCAUAAGAAUUCCUCUUCAGCUACUGAGAGUUUCACCUAUGAUUCAGAAGGCGAAGUAAUUGAUGAAUAAAACUUGAUAAUUUUUCUUUUGUUUUUAAAUAACACAUUGUUUUUUUGUUUAAACGAAAAUUUAAAAAAAAGGUUUUGGUAAUAAAUUCAUUCUUAAUAAAGUAUGUGCUUGUUUUUUUAUAAACUAUCAAAGUGGUAUGAUUUAACAAAUUUCAUAGAAAUGAUGAAAAAUGAAAAUUAUCAUCACUUUAAAAAAGAGUUUUGUGCAAAUUAAAGCAUUUAUUUAUUAAACGUAGAAAAACUUGGUACAAAUAUGGCACCGAGGAGAUAC